AUGAUAUUUACACUUAUUUGUUUUUAUUCAGUUGUAUUUUCUUCAAAUGCACAAAUUAUUUAUACAAGCUAUUUUACAGAUGAACAAGGAAUAAAAACUUUAGACAUGGUUAAGGAUAAAUAUUUAGAAGUACAUAAAGCUUUCUCAACAAAGACAGUAGAAGACUGGCAGAUAUUACAAAGCUGCAAUAAUUUUGAGAUAUUUGAAAUAACCUGUGAUAAAGAAUUUAUUGGAUCAGUCUAUUUAAAGAGAUGCAAAUAUUAUAGCAAAAUUAAAUCACUAUUUAAGACUUAUAUGAAAGAAGAAGAAGCUGUAGAAAUUUAUUCUUUGUAUAUUAAUGAUAAGUAUAAAGGAAAGGGGUAUUCUAGAAAACUUUUAAACUAUGCUUUAAAUGCAGUGAAAAAUCACUAUAACUUAAAUAACAAAUUUAUUAUAGGAUUGCAUUUAAACGAAGAAGAUAAAUACAUGAAUGUAUCGUUUUCUUUGUAUUAUUCAAUGAAUUUUAUAAAAUCAACCUUUUUAGAGUCUGGCCCAACAGAUUAUGCACCUAUCUUUCAUAAAUCGAGAUAUUUUAUAGAUCCACUAAAACUUGUUAAGAAUCCUUCUCUAUGCAAAAACAAAGGUAUUUAUUUUGGAAUGUUUACACGAUAUAAUGAAUUCCUUCCUUUUAACACUAUUAGAAAUAAAGAAAUAUUAAAGGUUGGUGAGCAAUUAAGAAACAUUUUAAAAAUGAGAAAAAAAUAA